CACACAAAGUAAUGUCCCUCCAUGGCUGUGACCUCAUCCAAUGAUGCACAAGUAUGCGGGCGCAUCCUUGUCAUUUCAGUUCAGGGCAUCUCCAAAGGACUACUUCACCUCCAGGGCAACUUGAUGGGCUGAGCCCUCUGAACCAACGCAUCACAAUUGACCCUACCCAAUCCUGCUCUCCCUCCUGAGAGCCACACCCAAUAAAUGCCCUGCCUGCGUCAGUCUCAGUCUACUUCUCAGGAGAUCUGACAUUCUAUGCCCACCACUAACAAACACAACAGCAAAAGCAAGGAGAAAAAUGAUCCAGCAGGGGCCUCAGGCCCAGCUCCUCAGGGUCUUGCAGCUGCUCUUCUGAAGUCUGGUCAGCAGGACAGGAAGACCAAAAUACUAGGGGAUUCCACCUAGAAGAAGCUGAUCCUGCCCCCUUCUCUGGCUACUCCCCUAACUGGCUCCCCUCACACACACUGGGAGCCUUGGUCACGGAAGCAGAAAGUGCUGCUCCUGAGGACAAAGACAUGAGCCCAGCUGGCCAAGCCACCCUGCUGCUGCUCCUGCUGGGGUCUCACCCAGGCUCCUUUACCAGAAAGAAAAAUCUGCAGUCUGUGUGUGGAAGACCUGCAUACUCAGGCCGCAUUGUGGGUGGCCAAGAUGCUGUUGUGGGGCGCUGGCCUUGGCAGGUCAGCCUACGCUUGGGCCACAAGCAUAUCUGUGGAGGCUCCCUCCUCAGUGAGAGAUGGGUACUGACAGCAGCACACUGCAUCAAACAGUCAAUAAUUUUCGCAUAUAGGGUGUGGAUAGGAACGGUUAAAACAGAAUUCUCAACUAGCCUCAUGGAGUACUUCGUGUCCAAAGUCGUCAUCCAUCCAAAACACGAAGGUACAAACGCAGACAUUGCCCUGCUGAGACUGUCCUGCCAAGUCACCUUCACUUCUCUCAUCCUGCCCAUCUGCUUGCCCAAUACCACAAAGCCGCUGAGAAUUCCAGCCUCUUGUUGGGUGACUGGAUGGGGAAAACUUAAAGAUACAGAUGACAAAUUCCCUCCUACCCUCCAGGAGGUGGAAAUCCCUGUCAUUAACCAACAGGACUGCGAACGUCUCUAUAAUCCAAUUGGCAUUUUCUUCCCAAAUCUGGAGCCAGUCAUCAAGAAAGACAUGAUUUGUGCUGGAGAUGUACAAAGACGAAAGGACAGUUGCAAGGGUGACUCUGGAGGGCCCCUGGUAUGUCACAUCGAUGGUGUAUGGAUCCAGAUAGGACUGGGCAGAAAGGAUGAUCUCCAUGACGUAAGUAGCUGCUGGAGAGGCAGGCAAGGCAAAACAUCUGGGACGGCAAAAGGGAAGGUCUACUGGUACCCACAGGUUGCAUCAUGGGCCUCUUACCUGCCUGUAAUUCUCACCUCCUCUACUAUCUGAUGCUUCCCUUCUAAUGCUACACCACAGGGUAAAAUGCAUUUAUGUAGUUCAGUUCUGUAUUUUCCCCAAAUUUGUAGGCUUUAAAAUACCAAUAGGAAGCUGGACGUGGGGGCACACACACCUGUAAUCCUAGCACGCAGGAGUCUGAGGCAGGAGGAUCACUGUAAAGAACCAUUCGGUUAUAUAGGGAUAGUAUGAGCAAUAAUACAAUUGGCUUCCUAGGAUUUAUUGAGUUCAAGGCCAACCUAAACUACAUAGUGAUACCUGCCUCAAAAAACGAAACAAAAAACCCCAAAAAGACCUACUACCAAAAGUAGAUUAAUGCUAUGAUUUUAAGAGCUGAGGUCUUGGGUAUCAACAAACUGGACCUAUCCAGGCUAUUUAAUGUCCACUCCUAUAGUAAAAAUGAUAAACUAUGCUUCCUUUUCUAAACAAUCACAUGAUCUAACUUAGUGUCUCUGUCCUAGGCUGCCAGGAGCUUGGGGGCUAGGUUUUGAAUGUGAUUGCAGUCAUUAUCUUUACCCUUGAUGUCCUGGUAUAAUUCCAUUCAUAUUCCCGCAGGUCAUCUUUUAUUUUUCAUAUGACUUAUUUAUUGUGCCUGUGCCUACUAUGGUAAAUCAACUUCCAAAAGUUAUUUUCGGGAUAAAUGCUUUUAGUGAGGUGUGGUGGUACACACCUGUCAUCGGUUGGUAAAUUCCCCAGUUCUUACGCCUUGUGCCUUACCUCUACACUGACUCCAUUUAUUACUCUGGUGUUCAGACCAGGGUUUAAAAAUAAAAAUACUUUCCAUACCUUUCCCUUCUUUCCCCUCUACUUAAAACACUUCAAAGUUAUCCUGUUGUUAACAGAGUGAGAACCAGGAGUCUGUACAAAGCGCUGCAAGAUCUGACUCUAGUCUGCCCUCAGCCUCAGCUGGCAUCACUCUGCUCAGUUCUCCGUGCUUAAGCUUCCUCCAGUGCCCAAGCACCUUCUUACCACCUCCAUUCCCUCUCCUCUGUGGCCCACGCCUAGUUAAUUCUUACUGUGCUUUCAAAUCUCAGUUCAGCCUCUGCUUCCUCAAAAGAGCUGUCCCUGGCUUUCCUGACUAGAACAUCCUAAAGUUUAUUCAAACGCAACAGAGGCCUCUUUUAUAAGAUUCACUGUGGCUGUAAUGUAACAUUUGUUUAUAUAGUUGUCUAAGGUAUAUCUCUCUUACCAAAAUACUAGGUCCAUGAGAAUAAGAAUUUUUGUUUUUAUUCACCAGUAUAUCCCAGCCUCAAUAAAUAUUUGAAUAAAUAAUACACAAUUUUCCCAAAUACAGUGUCACAACCUAGGUAUUCUGUUCAGUGGGACAGCCCAGAAUAUGAUAUAUUAUUGCCUUGCACAAAGUAGAUUUUCAGAUAUUAAACUGUAAAAAACAAGCCAAGAAAGAUAUUGAGGAUUAAAGAAUAAAGAAAGGAACAAAUGUCCCAGUGCAGUUUUCUUCUGUACUCCUCUCCAGCCGUAAGGAACAAAGGAGAGAGAAUAUUAAGUGGGUGAAGA